UAAUAAAUAGUCACCAAAACCACACUCACUUUUCACAGUUUUUAAACCCUUCUCUUCUUUCUUUCACUUCCUCAAACCCAAAAUAUUCUUUUCAAGUUUUCCAUCAAUCUUAAAACACCAUGUCUUCCUUCAAGAACAAAUACCAAGAUGAACUGAUUGCCAAUGCUGCUUACAUUGGCACUCCCGGGAAGGGUAUCCUUGCCGCUGAUGAGUCAACUGGUACAAUUGGCAAACGUUUGGCCAGCAUCAGUGUCGAGAAUGUUGAAACAAACAGACGUGCUCUUAGGGAACUCCUGUUCACGACACCCGGUGCUUUUCAUUGUCUCAGUGGUGUCAUACUGUUUGAGGAAACUCUAUACCAAAACACCGCUUCAGGAAAACCCUUUGUAGAGUUGUUGAAGGAAGGUGGUGUUCUUCCUGGUAUUAAGGUUGACAAGGGCACCGUGGAGCUUGCCGGAACUAAUGGUGAAACCACCACUCAAGGUUUGGACGGGCUCGGUCAGCGUUGCCAGAAGUACUACGAAGCCGGUGCCCGUUUUGCCAAAUGGCGUGCCGUGCUGAAGAUCGGUCCAAACGAACCAUCCGAGUUGGCUAUCCAUGAAAAUGCCUAUGGUCUUGCUCGAUACGCAGCCAUAUGCCAGGAGAAUGGCCUGGUGCCUAUUGUGGAGCCAGAGAUUCUGGUGGAUGGACGCCAUGACAUCAACAAAUGUGCGGCAGUGACUGAGCGUGUACUUGCUGCAUGCUACAAGGCACUGAACGACCACCAUGUUCUGCUUGAAGGAACUUUGUUGAAGCCCAACAUGGUGACUCCUGGUUCGGAGUCUCCAAAGGUGACCCCAGAGGUGAUAGCUCAAUACACUGUUGCGGCGUUGCAGAGGACUGUUCCUGCUGCAGUUCCGGCUAUUGUUUUCUUGUCUGGUGGGCAGAGUGAGGAGGAGGCGACCCUGAACCUGAAUGCCAUGAACAAGUUGCAGGGAAAGAAGCCAUGGUCUCUUUCUUUCUCUUUUGGAAGGGCACUGCAACAGAGCACUCUUAAGGCAUGGGGUGGGAAAGAUGAAAACAUUAAGAAGGCUCAGGAUGCCUUCAUUGCUAGGUGCAAGGCAAACUCACAAGCAACCUUGGCAACUUACAAAGGUGACGCUACCCUUUCCGAGGGUGCCUCGGAGUCUCUCCAUGUCAAGAACUACAAAUACUGAAAAAAGGUGAUGCGGUUUUGCUCCUUUGACCACCCAAUUACUUAACUGCCUCUAAAUAAGCGUGAAGACAAAGCAAGGAAGAAGGUUGAAGAGAGAAACGAAAGUUGUGUUGUGUUAUGAUAAGGACUGCCAAUAUGUCUCCCCAACCCUUGCAUUUGGUUUUCCUUUAGCAGGAAACUUCUUUACUCUUUCCCAGGUACGGAUACUGUCUGCCCAGGAGCGUAAGAUGUAUCAGUAAUAUUUAUGUAAUGCUUAUGCAUAUGUAUGUAUCUGUGUAGUAGUAGCGAUAGUAGUGCCACUACUACAUACCCUCACAAUGCAACAAAAUACUUACACUGCAGAUAAGACCCUGUGUACAUGUCAUGCUACUGUCACUCACUAUCCUACAAAAAGUAUGAAAUAAAUAAUUUCAUUUUGGGCUGUGGCCUAUUUCACUUUCC